AUGGAAAAGGGAUUCGCGUUCCAGACGCCAGCCUUUCUGGGCACGCGCUUCCGGCAGAACCACCAGAUCCGUCAGGUGAAGAACAACUCGCGCCCGCAUCUCGCCUCGCACCGCUCGCUGUAUCCCAACACCUCGCACUCGGCGCCCUCGCUCGGCCUUCUCACCGCACGUGGUCUACCGGUCGGGGCCAACUUUGCGCGCACGCACCUCUCGUCCCACCGCCGAUGCCAUCUGCGUCGCUGCUACGAUCUGGUGCACAUCUGUCUGCAGCGGCGUCAGCUCGUGCUGGCCGCGCGGUUUCUGCGUGUCAUACUGGCCGCGCACGAAUGGACGACCGACGAAACCUGGCGUCUGGCUCUCGUCAUUCUCUCCCUGCAGCCAUCACCGGACGGAGAGCCAAGUGGAUCGAGUGCGAGGAUUCGAUACCUGCAGCAGCUGGAUUUGGAGGAGAGCUCGGUGUUCAAGGCGACCAAUACGACGUAUGCGCUCGUGGGCGAGUACGUAGCAGCAGGCAAACUGCUCGAGGCAGUGGAGCUGUUGGAGCAGCGCGUCAACAUGCACCCCUACAAGAGCCAGCCUGAGCUGCACACCACGCUGGGGCUGCUCUACGUGUUUCUCGGACUCAAGACGCUGGAAAGCAGGGGGCAGAUGACGGAAGAAGGCGUGGGGUUGAGGGCGCUAGAUAGGACCACGAGGGAAAAAGCACGGCGAUGCUUUGAACAAGCUGUACAGGUGGGCGAUGCGUGCGUGAGGACGGAAACGCACCGCAGGCAGAGGAUCUAUUUCAUGCAUAGGAAGCACGAGCGGCACGAUGCGGCGCGGCUGGCGCAAACACGGAUGCGGCUGUGGGGGACCGACCCACUGCAAGCGGAUACCGACGAUGCAUGGCCGGAGAAAGAGCACCCCGAUAUCGCCAAGGUGCGCCGACGACUUGCGCGUGCAGAGGGACACGAGGACGAGGAAGAGCCGGGACAGAGCGGGAGCGAGACGGCGGGUGAGGACGAUUCGGCGCGGUCGGAUAUGGCUUCAUCCGGCGGUGACAGCGACGACGAGCCCGAGCGUGGUCGCUCGCGCACACGCACGCCGUCCCAACCACGCGACCCCUACGACAAGGAUGAAGAGGACGAGCUGGAUGAAGAUCGCGGUGGGGAGGAAGGUGAAGGCGAACCACGCACUGGCCCGCGCGCGUGGGCAACCACCUGGCCCGAGGUGGCAUCGACGUGGACCGUGGCGGAGCCCUUUGCGGUCGAGAUGGCACGAACCUUUCUCUUGCUGUUCCCCGCCGUUGCACCUCGUCCGACGCCCCAGCCCGAGCCCGAGGACGAUACGCGGCUGCGCCAGAUCCUGUUCGACGAUCCAGACGUCCCCGAGUCGGUGCCCGCUUCCGAAGACGAGCAGAAACCGCGGCGCAAGGAUCGCAAACACGGCAAGCACAGCAGACACCGCAAGCGCGAGCACCGCGACCGCACGCGCGAGCGCAAGCACAAACGCCACCGUCACUAG